GGGGGUUAGGAGGAGGAAGAGUGGAGGAAGAGGAGACGCGUUAAUUAAAAAGUGCAAGAGGGUUGCAAGUGCAGGAGGAGCCGACGGAUGACAGAUUCUUCUCCCUCCAACUAACCAGCAGCAAACCAACUAAUCAGCUUAACCCGACGCGCCUCCGAAGGGGAUCAAAGAGACUUCAUCGUAAAGUGGAAAAUGUAGCGAUUCACCGAUGGUCUCUCCGUGAUAAUGGAAUGAAGUUGAUGCUCCAUCCGGUACCAUAAUUACACGUAACUAACGGCGGAAUGCAAUCAACGAUCGAUCAUGUUAAUCCUAAAAGAUGAGAAGGAACAAUGGACUGAAGUUGGACCUCACCGAGAAUACACCAGGUAGCUCAACAUCGAGGCUACCGAAUUUACUGGAGCAUGCAGAGAGUUGUGACACGAGUAUUGUUAAUGGUACUGGUGAAAAUUUGAGCGGUAAAUUGCCGAACGUAGUUGAGGGCUCCAUGGACUAUGGUACCGAGCGAAGAACCUCCCGUUACAUGGAUUACGAGCCGAAGACCUUUCAGGAUGGUCAGUCUGGAGGUGGUUACGUGGACAGUGGUAUCCCAGCGAGAACAAACGAUAUCGAUUACGGAGAGCGUAAUUAUCCCACGCGAAGUUUCGAUAGGAAAACACCGGGCGGUGGAUUUGAUCAAGAGAACAUGGAAAGAUAUGACAACAGGAUAUAUCCGGAGGAGAGUUUGAGAUAUGACAGGAGGGCUGAGAGGCCGUAUCAGGAGUCAGACCUGGAUGCACCUUACGAUAGAAGCGAGAGCCAAAAGCUACGUUAUCAGGAUCCACCGGACACCACCAGAAGGUACUCCAGAGAUUUGACGGAUUAUGAGUACGCGGCGCGGUACGCUGAAGAGACACUCAAGCUCGAUUCUAAAAAGGAUCAUCGCCAUCACGUAGGUCAGAUCUAUGAACCCAUCAGCAAGAACUAUGACACUCUCACGAAGGGUGGCUACGAGUCUGGCAUCAAAACAAGGGACUCAUCUUACGAGCUCGGCUCCUGCUCCAAUCCAAAAUACGAGAGUAAGUACACGGUCGGCAAGAUGUAUGGUACAUUGCCAAGAUACGAUACAUCCGGUAAAACAUAUGACUCGUACGAUACAGCUAGACCGUAUGGAUCAAAGUACGAGGAGCAGAGUUACGAGAGUGGUGUCAAGACAUUCGACGGUUCAACAUCAAAGUAUGAAUUGAGUACAUCGAAAAGUUAUAUCCAGGAGCGAUCGAAGUACGAGCCAGUGGCCAGAUAUCAGGAUACAUCAGCAAAAUCUUACGAUCAAACACUCAAGAUAAGUGAAGUUGGUGCAACAUCUGGUGCUUAUCAGCGAAAACAAACGAGUGACUCGGCCAAUCCAGCGGUAACUGAAAAAACUAAUGGCUACAGAAAGAAUAAUUUCGAAGCUUACGGUGUGUACUCGGAUCCCGAGGAUGAUCAUGGAUUUCGCACUGAUAAAAAAGCACCCCAGUAUACGUACAAGGGUGUUGUAGUUAAUGUUACUGGUGAAUCGAGUGUUGUAGACCAGAAAAAGAAUGCCAAGGAGGGUAGACAGACUGAGGUACCGCGGAGCCCAUGGUGCAGACCAACGAUUCUUCUCCUCUUUCUGAUACUCCUGAUAGUUAUCUUCGUUUUUGUCGCUGGUAUCUUAUUGUACUUCAAUUAUAUGUCGUACAAGCCGCGUCAUCCGGUAGUCGAGGGUAAGGAUCAAAAUUUCGCCAGUAAUAAUCAGGAGCCGUGUGAAAAAACGUUCUGCGCUUGGGGUGCGGUGUGUGUUGUGUCGGAGAGCGGUCGUGGAUUGUGCCAGUGUCCCGAGGAUUGUCCGUCGACGGUUGAACCCGUUUGCGGUAGUGACGACGUGACGUAUGGUAACCAGUGCCUGAUGCGACAGGCUAGCUGUCGCAAACGGAAGAACACCAGGGUGGAGCAUCAAGGGGCUUGCAAAAUCAAGGAUCCUUGUCACGGUGUUAAUUGCACGAUUGGUGCUGAAUGUGUGAAGAGUGCAGACGGCACGAAAGGAUUGUGCGAGUGCGUCAAGAGCUGCCCAAAUGCUGAUGAGAGCGACACUAUUUGCGGAAGCGAUGGGAUCGAUUACCCGAGUGUUUGUGCAUUGAAUCAAUUCAUUUGUGAGAAGGGAGUCAAUGUCACGGUUGAAUUCAAAGGGAAAUGCGAUCCUUGUGGCAGUUUGGAUUGCACUGAACCGGAAGUGUGUCAACUGGAUGAAUCAAGGCAGCCAGGUUGUCGCUGUGGGGAACAGUGUGGUCUUGAAUUCUCACCAGUUUGUGGUAGCAAUGGUAAAACUUAUUCCAACGAGUGUAGCCUCAGGCAGGAGGCGUGCAGGUCCAGAUUACCACUCAGAAAAAUUUACAAUGGUGCAUGUAGCUCAGGAACGAACCCCUGCGAUGAUGCGCACUGCAGUGAAUUGGAGGAUUGUGCAAUCGAUCGUUACGGCAUAACUAAAUGUGAAUGCGGUCCAGAAUGUGAACCAAUAUUGAUGCCAGUCUGUGGAGAUGAUGGUACAACGUACAAGUCUCAUUGCGAACUGAAGAGACAGGCGUGUCUAACUAAGAGUAACAUCGAGGUCACAUACAUUGGCAACUGCGGAUCUAGAGGACCCUGCACCGAGAAGAUCUGUCAAUGGGGAGCCAUCUGUGCCGAGCAGGGAGAUACUGCUACCUGCCAAUGUCCCACGUGCUCUGUUGAAUUCAAUCCAGUUUGUGGUGAUGAUGGUAUCAGCUAUGGCAAUGAGUGCAAACUUAGAUUGGAGGCUUGUCAGCACCGAAGAGAAAUCAAAGUUCUUUACCACGGAUUGUGCAAUGGCUGCGAGAGCAAACAAUGCGACAAUUACGCUAAAUGCGAGAGCGACAGUACUGGUGAAGCUAAAUGUGUGUGUCCAACAAGCUGCGGAGAUUCGAAGGAUGAGGAGAGGAAAGUGUGCGGCAGCGAUGGAAUUACUUACGCUAAUGAGUGCGCCAUGCAAAAUACAUCGUGCAGUACCAAGACUGUAAUUACAGUCGCUUUCGAGGGCGAAUGCUCAUUAUGCACCAACAUUGAGUGUAAAAACGGCGCUCACUGCUCAGCGGGUGAAUGUGUCUGUCCUGAAAGCUGUCCAGAACCAACUGGAGAGCCAGUAUGUGGUACUGACGCAAAGACAUACCCAUCCGAGUGCGACUUACAACGAACUGCCUGCGACAAACUCAGAAGUAAACUUCCAAGUCUGCACGUAGCAUUUCAUGGAGAGUGCGGUGAGAAAUUUGCCGUUGCAGCACUCACUACAAUGUCAACACCGUCGGUGACACGAUUGCCAACAACCGUUGCCGAGGUAACGAGUAGUCAGGAACGAGAAGCAUGUAAGGACAUACACUGUGAUUUUGAAGCCACCUGUGAACUGGGACCAGACAGAUUUCCUCGGUGCAGCUGCAAGUUCGAUUGCACAACAGCUAAUGAGGAGAGUACCAUGCCAGUAUGUGGGAGUGACCUGAAAAUUUAUCCCUCAGCCUGUUCCAUGAAGAUUGAAGCAUGCCAGAGGCAACAGGAGCUCAGACUCAGGCCCUUAGAUCUCUGCCAAGGUAUGGAAGUAAAACCUUGCAGUGGAGAUCCUCCAUUAACCGACGAUGAGGGCAAGGAAUACGACUGUGGAAGUGGUCCAGACAGACGUGAUUGCCCUAGUAACAGUUAUUGCCACCAAACCACCCGAUUUGCACGGUGCUGCAAGAAAGUCCAGGGGAUUCAAGUUGUCAAGUGCCUGGACUCUUGGCAUGGAUGCUGUCCAGAUGGAAAAACAGCUGCACUGGGACCCGAUGGGGCUGGAUGCCCCAGUCUCUGCAGUUGCAACAGGUUGGGAAGCAUCUCCGACACCUGUAAUCCUGAGACUGGACAGUGCAAGUGUCGUCCAGGUGUCGGGGGUCUCAAGUGUGACAGAUGCAUGCCCGGAUACUGGGGAUUACCGAAAAUCAGUGAGGGACAUCAGGGAUGCAUUCCCUGUGGAUGUUCCCUUUUCGGAUCCUCUAGAGAGGAUUGCGAACAGAUGACUGGACGAUGUGUCUGCAAGGAACAGAUUCAGGGACAGAAAUGUACCAUUUGUACAGAUCAUAAUAAGAUUCUCACACCCACUGGCUGUUUUUCAGCGGACACGAGUGUAACAAUGCCAACAAGCUGUAACGAGUUGGAAUGCUAUUCCGGUGGCCAUUGCACUGAAAUUGGCGGUGGCCCUCACUGCGAAUGUCCAUCCUCCUGUCCAACUGAUGUACCAUCAGUGCCAGUUUGUGGUAGCGAUGGACAGACGUACGCAAACGAGUGUGAAUUACGAUUGUAUGCCUGUCGUCAUCAGGCCGACGUCGUAACGCAGGCAUUUGGACGUUGCCGAGACGAUCCAAAAGUGAACACCGACUUCCCAGUAAAGAGAUUUACGGCUGUCCAGUACACGCAACCAGCGGCAGCAAUAUCUCCAUUGUCCAAAUCAACGAGGCAUCUUCUUGGUCCUGAGCCAGACUCCAGGUACUACUACACCCAUCGGGCACAGCAGGAGUCCAUCACCAUUGACCGGGAUAAUCUCAAACACGGUGUCGCAGCUGCUUCGAGGCCGACACCAGCAACUAUUCGCGUUGUUACUGCACUUCUUGGGGAUCUUUGUGCUGAUGAUAAGGACUGCACAAUACCGAAUAGCGAGUGUGUCAAUGGGGGGUGCAUUUGCUCCAGUGGAUUCUCGGAGACGAGCGAUCGACAGGAAUGCUUUGCGAAUUAUUUGCCAGUGACACCCUCGAAGGAGCUCCGGGCGUGUCUCUCGUACCCCUGUCACUCGUCAUCGACGUGCAUCGAUCUGCCGUCAUCGACAUUCGUUUGCAUCUGCCGUCCGAACUACACGGGUCUCCUCUGCGACGAGGAGAUCAACAAACGAGAGUACGAGAUACCGUCAUUCGACGGAAAAUCCUACGUGCGAAUGUCCCGACUAAAAGCCUACCACAAAUUCAGUAUUGAAGUUGAAUUCAAGACGUACGCUGAUAACGGAAUAAUUCUCUACAACCAACAAAAGAGCGAUGGAACAGGGGAUUUCGUUUCUCUCGCUAUAAUCGACGGUUAUCUCCAAUUUCGAUACAACCUGGGAAAUGGUCCGGUGAUUCUGACGUCUCCAGAGCGCGUCACACCGAAGAACUUCCACCACGCGACAGCUAAACGUUACCACAAGGAUGGCGUCCUGAUCUUCAAUAACGGAGAGGACAUCGACGGAAAAUCUCAGGGGAUCCUAAAGUCCCUGGACCUGAACCAGGACACGUUCGUGGGCAACGUUCCGACGAACUACAGCCGAGUGUUCGAGAAUAUUGGCACGAGUCAAGGCCUCCUCGGGUGUAUCCGAAAAUUGAAGAUCAAUCGAUCCCCAAUCGAUCUCCACAUUAAUCACGACAAAGAAGUCCUGGAGACAUAUCGUGUGAAGGAGUGCACAGAGAACGCGUGCGCCUCACUUCCCUGUCAAAACGGUGCGACCUGUCAACCAAUUUUCGAAGAGGAUCUGUGCAACGGUCGAGAGUGUCCCAACCCCAAAAAAGGAAAGGGCAAACGAAAGGGACACACAACCCCUGGAUUAAACGUCGUCAAGUGCAGGGGUUCACACUGUGCGACAGUCGAUGGAACUCCCAAACAGAAGAGAUCGAAAAAACAUCCGAGGAAAAAAUGCAUCGGGGCUGAGUGCGAUUACGAUUACGAGCUCGAUUACGAACCAAAUUUCGAUAAUUACGCUGUUACACAAUAUUCACCACCGGAGUACAAGUGCACAUGUCCACCUCAGUUCACUGGUGUCAACUGCGAGGAAUCCCUGGAUCCCUGCAUCGGUGAGCCCUGCAGGAAUGGAGGUGUCUGCGAUAUCCUCCCACAGGGUGGAUACGUCUGCAAGUGCCCUCCAGGGAGAACUGGAGAACACUGCGAUGUUCUCGAUGCUGAUCUCACUGAAUUCCUUGUCCCUGAAUUCACUGGGGACGGAUUCGUCGAGCUCGAGUGCCUCGAUGGGGUAUCCAAAGCCUUCUCCAUCGAGCUGUGGUUCCUCACCAGAGCCAAUGAUGGACUUCUUAUCUAUAAUGGACAGAUGAAUAAUGGCAGGGGAGAUUUUAUCAGCUUGAAUCUGGUCCAGGGGAGGCUGGAGUUCAGGUUCAAUCUGGGGAGUGGAAUUGCUAAUAUCACGUCACCCGAUGUAGUCACUCUUGACACUUGGCACUGCGUUAGGAUCAGCAGACUCGGAAGGGAGGGACUCCUUCAGCUCGAUGAGGGCACUGUCGCUAGGGGACUCUCGGGAAAUCCCCUGACGGAACUCAACCUCGAGAUGCCCUUGUAUAUUGGAGGAGUCAAACACUGGAGAGAAGUCCAUCGUUUUGCUGGGGCUUGGACUGGUUUAGUCGGUGCUGUUCAGAGAUUAAUGGUCAAUGGCAAAACCUUCCAGAAUCUGGCUGUAAACUUCACUCAGCACAAUACAGAAGUGUACGACGGUUUACCAUGUCCCAGUAACGAGAAUCCCUGUCACAAUGGGGGUGUGUGUUUGCCACUUCUGAAUAGCUACCUUUGUAAAUGCGCAAGUGGUUACAGCGGACUCCACUGCGAAUUUUUCAUGGGAUUUGACGUCUCGGGUGGUGAAAUAUCAGACAGACCCGUAAGAUUCGACGGAGAUAAUUUCCUCCAGUUUAAACAUCGCUACAGCAGAAGUACUAACACAUCUACCAGCAAUAUCACGUCCACAACUUCCGAAUAUUACGAGGAGUCGUACUCUGACUACGAAUUCGAAGAGGAUCUCGAUCUUGAAUACGAUAAUUACGACUACUCAGAACGAAAGGGUCAGCAGUCAAAUAAAUUUGAGUUGCGACUUCGCACAACGCACUCAAACGGGUUAAUAGCUUGGAUUGGUCGAGGUAAACUGGAACACCUGAUUCUCUCCCUGGAGGAGGGCUAUAUCUUGCUGACAUACAAGGGAAAACACGAUCACGUCACCCUGAAGUCCCGAGAGCGAAUAGACGACGGGAUAUUUCACCACAUAAAGGCAGCCCGUAAGAAGAAAAUGACAAUUAUUCAAAUAGACGAGCAGCCCCCGGUGAAAGUCGCGACAGAAGUGACUCUUCUGACGACAAAUGGAAAACUCUUCGUUGGGGGGAAACCAGGACACCAGGGGAUCAGGGGGUGUGUCACAGACUUCAUAAUUGAUAAACGAAGACUUCCCCUAGCCCGACGAAAGAUUGACUUCUGCCAUGACAACGAUGUAUGAUAGUCAACAAGUACUUCACUCACUUCUAGAUAAUGAGACGUCCAAUAGUAUUCUCACUCAAGUACAAUUACCGAUGAUGAAGAAUACCCAUUUUUUGAGGGAUGAAAUUUGAUGCUUGAUCUAUUAAUCGAGGAUUAAUUGGCUCUGGGAGAUACUCGAGUUUAUUAAUCAAUUAAUUGAAGAGCUUUGGGAUUGCUUCAAGUCUUUAUGAGAGGUGACAUAUUUUUUUGGCAAUUUUUGUGCAAUGUUUAUGGGACACGGUCUUUAUCAUUUCCACGUUUGAUCGGCAUUUUUCGAGAUGAAUUGAUAAUGAGUUUAAAUUUUUAAUCGGUACAUCUCUUCUCAAUUCUCAAGUAAAAUAAAAAAUUGGAAAAGAAGUAGAAUCGAUAAUUUCAUAUGAAUGAUUCGCUAUGAACUCUCUGAUGAAGACUGAAAUUUCCCCUAGUCCUUCUCUUAAUUAACCUGAAUAAUCGAUUACUGCAACGAACAAUCACGAGAUUGAAUGACUAGUGAAGUGUUGAUGUGAAAGAAUAAAUAAACUAAGUGCUACAUUUUCAUCGAAGGACAAUAAUAUAUUUUUAAGACAUGCAUAGAAACGAAGAGUAAUUAACGACUAAUGAUAGAUGAUCUUGAGGGGAUUACGUAUGAAUUAAUGAUCUGCUUGAUUCUUCGAACGUGACCUUGAGGUAUUUAAGGUACGUCAAGACUGAUUAUUGCGGAGAUACUUUGAUUGUAAGGAGAUUAUCACGAAGUAAUUAUGAGUAAUUUGGUGUUAUGUUUGAGUGUAAGGUAGAGAGAUUUAAUAUUAUGAUAAUUGAUAGAUAGAAAAUAUGUAUUUUAACGGACUGUUGAGUUAUGCCAGUAGAUGAUGAACAUUGUUUGAGGUAGCAAAAGCUUUUUACAAAUGCGCAGACAUAGAGAGAUAUCCGAUAAAUUCAGGAGUGAUGGGAUUUUCAAGCGGAACACGUCAAUCCUCUGAUCUUUCUGAUUUCAUCCCACCAUUCCUAAAUUUCAUCGAGUCACAAUCGAUAUGUAACAUUCCAUUUAUUGGACACCUCGAGAUUAUGGAUAAAUAUAAAUUAAUGAAAUCGAUUAAUUAAUAUAAGAGUUAGCGAUAAGGGUACGCGAAGCGAUAAGAAAAUCGAGGAUUAUAAUUAUUAACCGUUAAAGGAAACCUGUAUAACAAAUUCAGUGGAGUGUGAAUGGGGGACUUUGUAAUUGAGUGGAACAAUCGAGUUUACUUGUAUUUUCUGAUAAUUUCUCUGGGAUAUGUCUGUUUUUUUAAUUUUCGAAGCUUUUGGUGUCCACUCAAUUAAUUAGUGAGAGUGAAUGAGGAUAUAUGGAAAGAAUAAUCAUAUCUCACAGAGUAUGUAAAUAAUCGUAAUUUCUUCUACCACUCGUGAAUUUCCUCACUACUGCGUGAAUUUAAAUUGUGCUAAUGUUGUUAACGACCUAAACGUAACUCACAAUUGGGCCUUUUAAUGUCAUCCAAUUUUUGUAAAUUUCUCCGAUGAUUCUAGCUCUUCCUGUUUUAUCUAUUUUCGAUUUUUGUUUAUGGAUUUUUAUUUUUGGGAUUUGCUGUUGGCAAAAGUCGAUGGAGAAAUGGAGAGAGAAAUUCUUGAACCAUUCUCGGGAUUUAGUUUGGAAAAAUCUCGAACUUUUGAAAAUAAUUGGGGAUUUUUCCAGUAGUUCUCGGUUUUCGGUUGAAUUAUUUCGUAAGGAGAGACGGAACAAUUGUAUACGUUUUUGGGAUAAUGAGGAACGGGGGCGUUACGAGAGGACGAGGUGAAGUGGUUUCAAGGCAAAACCCGCAAUUGUAUUUUUUUUUAAUUUGAGAAAAAUGAGACUAGAUACUUCAAGACAAAAGACAAACCCUUUAGUUUGUCGAUGUUGUGGAGUAGAUUGUAAGUUCAUCUGGUGAUUCAAUCAUUUUUUCCUGAAGAGAAUAUUUCUCCUUUUUUGGGAAAGGAGAAAUACAUCAGGCAUUAUUUUUGCACUUGAAAAUUGAAUUGGAAAUCAUGAUUGCACUGAAACAUGUCGAUAGGUUUGGCUUGCCUCUGUGCGAAUAAUCAGACGAAUUGACACCUUUUUCUGGGAAAAUUAAAUUUCGAUAGGUUUCCGAUAUGACCCACGAUUUCGACACAGUGAAGAUUCCGAUUGAGAUGAAUCUGACAUAUCUAUCAUGAGACAAAUAUGCAACAAGCUACAAAAUUGUUAACUUCGUUUUUUUAUCGGGACUUUUACUCCUGGAUUUUUUACAUCGAACAUAUCUUAUUCAACCUACAUAUCGUACGGUCAGUAAUAUCAGUCUACGAUUAACAAAUCACCAAGGGAAUGCCACGAAUUGGGAUAAAAUGCACAAGUAAUUUUAGUACUGAGUGGAGGAAUUUGUUUUUUUCUUUAAAAAAAAGUCACUCUUCCACAGGGGAAACUAUUCUUGGUGGUAAAAAGAAAUUUUUAGAACAAAAACAAACACGAGAAAUUUUCUUCUUGAUUAUAAAAUUGGAAAUUGAAUUUGCGUCGAGCUUCGUUCCAAGCGCCUGGAACGGCCUAAACUACCGAAAAAA